ACUGCAGGGUGUGUUGGGGCAGGCGUCUCUGCCGAGUUGCGAGUCGGCGAAAGCGGCGGGAAGUUCGUACUGGGCAGAAGGCGACGGGUCUGCAGCUUAGGUGAGAAUGCCUCGGGUGAAAGCAGCUCAAGUUGGAAAACAGGGUCCUGCAAAGAGACGUCUUGCAGAACAAUUUGCAGUUGGGGAGAUAAUAACUGACAUGUCAAAAAAGGAAUGGAAGCUAGGAGUGCCUAUUGGCCAAGGUGGCUUUGGCUGUAUUUAUCUUGCUGAUACAAAUUCUUCAAAAUCGGUUGGCAAUGACGCACCCUGUGUUGUAAAAGUGGAACCCAGUGACAAUGGACCUCUUUUUACUGAAUUGAAGUUCUAUCAGCGAGCUGCUAAACCAGAGCAAAUUCAGAAAUGGAUUCGUACCCAUAGACUGAAGUAUCUUGGUGUCCCUAAGUACUGGGGAUCUGGUCUUCAUGACAAAGAUGGAAAAAGUUACAGGUUUAUGAUAAUGGAUCGCUUUGGGAGUGACCUUCAGAAAAUAUAUGAAGCAAAUGCCAAAAGGUUUUCUCGGAAAACUGUCUUGCAGCUAAGCUUAAGAAUUCUGGAUAUUCUGGAAUAUAUUCACGAGCACGAGUAUGUACACGGAGAUAUCAAGGCCUCAAAUCUUCUUCUGAGCUACAAGAAUCCUGACCAGGUGUACUUGGUGGAUUAUGGCCUUGCUUAUCGGUACUGCCCAGAAGGAGUUCAUAAAGAAUACAAAGAAGACCCCAAAAGAUGCCAUGAUGGCACCAUUGAAUUUACCAGCAUUGAUGCUCACAAUGGUGUGGCCCCAUCAAGACGUGGUGAUUUGGAAAUACUUGGUUAUUGCAUGAUCCAGUGGCUUAGUGGCCAUCUUCCUUGGGAGGAUAAUUUGAAAGAUCCUAACUAUGUUAGAGAUUCCAAAAUUAGAUACAGAGAAAAUAUCGCAGGUUUGAUGGAGAAAUGUUUUCCUGAAAAAAACAAGCCAGGUGAAAUUGCUAAAUAUAUGGAAACUGUGAAAUUACUGGACUAUACUGAAAAACCUCUUUAUCAAAACCUGCGUGAUAUUCUUUUGCAAGGCCUAAAAGCUAUAGGAAGUAAAGAUGAUGGCAACCUGGACCUCCGUGCUGUGGAGAAUGGAGGCUUGAAAGCAAAAGCAGUACCAAAGAAGCGAAAGAAAGCGUUGGAAGAAAGCACAGCAUCUAGCGUUGGAGAUAUGGACUGCUCAGACACGCAGACAGAGGAGGCCACAGAGACCCGUUCAAGAACCAGAAAGAGAGUCCAGAAGUAAAUCCAAUGCUGGGAACUGACCUUUCUUCUGUUUGAUACUUUCUUCUUUUCUUUUUUAAGCUUUAUUCUCAUGUGAGUCUUGUGGGAUGGGAGUAAUAAUUAAAUACCUGUGUUUUUGAUGAGCAAACUUUUUUUUUUAUUAAAAUGAAUAUUUUGUAUGAUUUACUGAAGACUAAUUUAUGAUAUUCCAAAAUUUUCAGGUUGUACUCUUUAAGCUAUCCCAAUCUGUAUGGUUGAGGUUUUGGAGUCGUACACUUUUUCUAAUCAUUGUGCAUUUCCCAGAGUAGAUAGAAGUGUUCGACACUCUUUUAAAGCAAUGCAAAACUUAAAGGUCUCUCUUGCUUGAUAUAAAUACACAAUUUAUAAUGGCAAUAAAGUUUGGUUUGUAUUGAUUUUGGUUUUCUCC